AUGACAUCGACCCCCUCGGGCAACACCCUCCUCCUCAAACGACAGCUCACCGAGCUUCGCAAACGUCCCGUCGAUGGUUUUAGCGCUGGUCUCAAGGACGAAAGUAACCUGUUCGAAUGGGAGAUUAUGAUCAUUGGCCCCAACGAUACGCUCUACGAAGGCGGAUUUUUUCGCGCAGAGUUGAUAUUCCCACCAGAAUAUCCGCUGCUCCCUCCCAAGAUGAAGUUCAUCACGCCCAUGUGGCAUCCCAACAUUUAUGCUGACGGCACCGUCUGCAUCUCGAUCUUGCAUGCUCCUGGUAAGGACGAAUGGGGCUACGAAGAUGCAAGCGAACGGUGGCUUCCGGUGCACACCGUUGAGUCAAUUCUCAUCUCGGUUAUCAGCCUGCUCUCCGCUGACGUCCCCAACACGGAUUCGCCAGCGAACAUCGACGCCGCCAAACAGGUCCGCGAAGACCUUGCUGGCUACAAGAAAAAGGUGCGACGGCUCGUGAGGCAGUCUGCAGAGGAAGCUUUCGAUUGA